AUGUCUACUCAGCCAAACGACAUCAAUAGCGACGAUGACUUUUCGGAGUUCUACAACAACCCCCUCUACAAGCGCGUCUCCGACCUGACCGACCAUGAGAGAAAGUAUGCUUGCCCACCACCUCCUCGUCCUUCACCUCUGAGAGAGACCGCCCCCAAAGUCUCUGCCCAAAAGGCCUCCACUCGCAAGGACUCCGCUGCUGUCAAAGCCUCCAUCCGAAAGCACUCCGUCUCAAAGAUCAAAAAGCCCAGACAAAUCCCGAACAAGGAGUAUGCCUCCGAACCAGCGGGUGCCGACGCCUCACUGCACGACUCGCCAGCCAACCGCGACUUCCAGCAAAACGUCGCUCGCGUUCUCGGCCCCGAACACGUAGGCAAGUACGAGAACUGUGUCGACAUGGUCAACAAAGCCAAAGAUGAGCUUGAGGAUAAGCCUGAAGGAAGUCAUCGCCUGGAACGCCCCUGGACCAAGGAGGAGUUUGACAGAGCCGCGAGACUGACGCAGUGGGGAGUUGAUUCUGCGGCUGUCAAGGCGAUCGUCGGGUUUCCCGAUAACCCGGUCACGGAAAAGGCCGAGAAGGAAUUCUAG